ACUGAUGACCCUGUUAGUGUAACAAAUAAUGACAAGCAACCUCUUCCUCUGCGUACGAAAACACACAAAGGUGAGGCCUCUAAUUGCCGGGAAUUACUAUCACAAAUAAGAUGUGCCACGUUUCUGUUUCAUGACUCAGAUGCUCUCAGCAGCCUUAAAGAGACACUAUCCAAAGCCCUCACUGAUUUACGCUGCAAUAUCCAGCAUGCAGGUGGCAUCGAACUGGAGCAACCAGCAAAAGUAAAUCAAAUAAAGAGAAAAACAUCUAAUCAAGAGUACCAUGAUCUGCCUAGGCCCCCCAAAAAGAGCAAAUAUACAGGUAGGCAUGGGAAAGCAGCAAAUGAAAAAAAGAAACCUGAUGGAGUCAAGGUGGGGAUUGAGAAGAUGUGUACAUAUCAGAAGCAGGCUAGAACAGAUGACUAUGACAUGGGUACCAGUGAGAUGGAGACAAUACUAGAAGCAGAUGGUGAUCUAGGUACCAGCGAGGUGGAGGCCAAAGUAGAUUCAGAUGACAACUUAGGUACCAUUCAGAAGGAGGUCAUAACAGAUAAUGAUGACAGCAUGAGCACUGGCGAUAAAGAGAGACUCAAACUACAAUCAACAGCUCCAUCCAUUAGUAAUCAUGAUACAGAGAGGAAAUCAUCAGGAAAUGAAAUGGAGUUUGUUACUAUUACUAAAGGCGAUGGAAGAAAGAAGAAGACUAGAGAUAGGAAAAUGAAUAUAGAGGAGGAGGAUGUAAUCAAAAAUAGGAGAAUGCUAACCGACCACUCCAUUAACAUAUCACAGAACUUACUUUGGCACCAAUUUCCAUUAUUUGAUGGAGGAUACUACACUUGGCCCUGCCUUGCAGUUCUCAAUACAACGUGGAAAGUUUGCUCAGAUUCUGCACACUGGCCAGUGCCACUAGAUUAGCGUGUCAAAUGUUGGUUGCAAAAAGGCUGCAGUCAACCUAUAUGACAGCUGUAACAAUGGAGUAGUGAACAGCUUUGUGCUAAAACAGAUAGCAGCAAUGUUGCAUGGAGAAGGUCCAGAACUU